GGUACUUCCAAAGUUAAGCUCUGAAUUCAUUUCGCAUCUUUAAAUUUAAUCACCAUCUUUUAGAAAGUUACACUCGCCCCACCCCGUUUCGUCCCUGGCACAUUGUAUCUUUUAAUCCCGGCUUGAGAAUAUACCAAUGAUACUACUUCAUUGAAAGAGUAUUUCUACAAUCAAUUCUACCUCAGAGAACUAAUCAUGCCGCCGAAAAGGAAGUCCAAGGCCGGCAGCUUGGCAGAUGUGUCAACGCCAAAAGCAUCGUCAACUUCCGCGCGCGACGACGACGCAAUGGACGUAGACACACCCCAAGCUGCAGAUACCCCCCGCGCUGCCGACACUCCUACAGCUUCCAAGCCUAGUUUGCCUCCGGCAUCCGAAAUUCUCAACAACCUGUGGACCGACGAUCAAGAGUCUUCCCUAUUUAAAGCAGUUAUUCGCUGGAAACCAUCGGGAAUACAUAAACACUUCCGCAUGAUCGCCAUCUCGGAACACCUGCGCAACCACGGAUUCGACCCGGACGUCGAGACGCACACGCGCAUACCCUGCAUAUGGGAUAAGCUGCGGCUCUUCUACAAUAUGGACGCCAUAGACGAGCGUGACAACGCCUUCGACUAUGUUAGGAACGACGGCCAGGACGAGGAGCCCCCCGAGCAGAAAUACAACUACUUCGACCUACCAGCGGACGAGUUCCACGAUCUCAUAUGGGCCCGUGCGGCCCCGGGCCCCGGUGAGGAGUCCGACCCGUCGGACGUCGAAGCCGAAGGCCACGAAAAGCACAUGAAGAAGCGCAAGCGAGCCAGCACAAGAGGCGGUCACGAUGCGGCAGCCGACGGGGCAAGCGUUGCCGGUAGCACCACGACGAAGACGCGUAGGUCUAGCACGAUCGACGACACCGACCGGGAAACUCCGUUCCCCAGUAGUCCUGCGGGGCGGCCGACCGCGAGAGGUGCCAGGAGCCAGAAGCGAGCGGCCGCGAAAGCCAAGGCAGAGAGCGCGGAGCCAGACGUCGAGGAAGAAGCAGACGAGGAUGACGAGGAAGCCGAAGACAAUGAGAGUGAGGAAGAGGAAGACGAGGACGAAAGCGAGAAAGAAGAAGCGGACGCUGCCCCGACCACUAGAUCGAAUCGAGGAAGAGGCACUACUUCCAGAGGUCGGGCAGCCCACGGACGAGGCCGAGGGAAGCCAGGACGAAAGAAGGGCUGAGAGAAACAAAGCCCAUUGGCUAAUACCGCUUUGCGCAAUAUUAAGCGAAGGCGCAACAAAGAGGCUCAGGCUAGGCCUGGCUUUUUAAUGUUUGGAUCAUAGCAGAUCGGCGUGGAGUGGCGUGGGGAUUACAACCUCCACGGAGAAACAGGAAGGGUCUGAUUCAAAAACAAAUACGCCUUUGUUACAAAAUACACGACCCCAAUCGUGCGGAAAGGGUCCGCGGCUCGUAGUUACGCGUUAUCCCGAACGUUAUUCCGAUCGAUAUCUGGCUUGCUUGUUGCUUGGGAAGUCAAGAUGUGUGCCAUGGCUUUUCAGCUUGGUCAAGUGCGCUAGGUAUGGAUAGCCGAGCUGAAAGCAAAUAAGCAAGCAAGUCCUACAGGUCUGGAGGGGAGGAGAGGGU